UCAGAAUCGGAGUAUGUCGGUGAAUCUGACACCGAACGCGAUCCCGGCGAUAGUGGCCGGCGACAUGAACUCGAAGCCGUUGGUGCAGGUUCUGGAUAUCAAGUUGAUUUCGAAUAGUAAGCAGCAGGAGAGGUACCGAAUUUUGCUUUCCGAUGCCGUUUACUCUCAGCAAGCCAUGCUCGCGACUCAGCUCAACGGCCGAGUCAAAACCGAACGAGUUAAGAAAGGUUCCAUUGUUCAGCUGAUCGAGUAUAUUUGCAGUCCUAUUCAGAACCGCAAGAUUGUUGUGGUGCUCAGCAUGGAAACUAUAAUACUAGAGUGCAAUAUCAUUGGAAAUCCAAAGUCAUUUGUGGAAUCUGAUUUACCAACUCAGGAAGCAUUACCUAAUAACAAUACGCAGAACUCAUCCAGGAGUAAUAAUUAUCACCUUACAGCUCGAAAUACAAGUUGUAAUGUGCAGAAUUUCCGGCCAACUGUUCAACCACCAUACCAACCGCCUCCAGUUUACAAAAGCCAUGGUGCAAUUGUGAAAAAUGAGGCCCCAACACGUAUUAUUCCAAUAGCUGCUUUAAAUCCUUAUCAAGGUCGGUGGGCCAUCAAGGCAAGGGUAACUGCAAAGGGGGAUCUACGCCGCUAUAAUAAUGGUCGGGGAGAUGGGAAGGUCCUCUCAUUUGAUCUCCUUGAUUCUGAUGGAGGUGAAAUACGAGUAACCUGCUUUAAUGCAGUUGUUGAUCACUUCUAUGAUGCAAUCGAGGUUGGUAGAGUUUACUUGAUAUCCAAAGGUAGCUUGAAACCUGCACAGAAGAACUUCAACCAUUUGAAGAAUGAAUGGGAAAUCUUUUUGGAAUUGACAUCAACUGUUGAACUUUGCCCGGACGAAGAUGGUUCUAUACCUAGACAGCAAUUCUCCUUUAGGCCUAUCAGUGAUAUUGAGAAUGUUGACAGCAACUCCAUUCUAGAUGUUAUUGGGGUUGUGACAUCUGUGAAUCCAUCAGUUCCCAUCUUGAGGAAGAAUGGAAUGGAAACUCAGAGAAGAGUUUUGAAUCUAAAGGACUGUUCUGGCAAGAGUGUUGAGCUAACCCUUUGGGGUGAAUUUUGCAACAGGGAAGGGCAAAAGUUGCAAGAGAGGGUGGAUGCUGGCUUUUUCCCUAUUCUGGCAGUCAAAGCUGGGAAGGUCAAUGACUUUAGUGGGAAAUCUAUAGGGACUAUUUCUGCUACACAGCUUUUCGUAAAUCCAGAUUUUCCUGAGGCAUGUAGCUUAAGGGGCUGGUUUGAUCGAGUGGGAAAAGAUUCUGCUUCUCUGUCCAUUUCUAAGGACAUUGUACCUGGAGGACCUAUGAAUGAUGUACGUAAAACUGUGUCUCAGAUCAAGGAUGAAGGUCUGGGGCGGUCAGAUAAGCCAGAUUGGAUAACAGUGAGAGCAACCAUAUCUUUCAUCAAGACAGAUACGUUUUGUUACACCGCUUGCCCUAUGAUGAUUGGAGAUCGACAGUGCAAUAAGAAAGUGACUAGGUCAGGAAAUACAAGAUGGCAAUGUGAUAGAUGCAACCAAGAGUUUGAGGAGUGUGAUUACCGAUAUCUUCUUCAAGCUCAAAUUCUGGAUCAUACUGGAGUAACUUGGGUUACUGCUUUCCAGGAAUCAGGGGAAGAGAUUUUGGGUUACUCCGCAAAGGAGAUAUACUUGUUGAAGUAUGAACAGCAGGAUGAUGAGAAGUUUGGAGGAAUAAUCAAGAGUAGGCUCUUCAACCAAUUUGUCUUCAGGCUGAAAAUCAAAGAGGAAUUGUAUGGUGAUGAACAGAGGGUGAAGAUUACAGUAGUUAAGGCUGAUAAAGUGAAUUAUUCUUCGGAGAGUGGAUACAUGCUUGAUUCAGUUUCAAUGUUUAGUAGGCAGUAACUGUAAUUUGGUUUCCGCAUCUUUCUUCAUUCGUUGAACCACGUCUAUAACUAUUAGUGUAAAUUUUAAUACAGAAUCGGUCAUUAGUGGUUGUGAGUUAACGUGUCAUCUUGUAUGCCCAUUACAAAAUCUAGAUUUAGAUAUUAAUUCAAGUUUUAAGUUUUACUCUGUUUCAUAUAUUGGUGGAUAUGCCUUAAUAUCUCACAGUUCUAUAAUAUCUUAAAAGUGAUCGUUUUGCAGUGUAAGCUCAUACAUCAAUGGCAUCUAUGUGGUUCAUAUUUAAGUACAAUUCUUCCUUCUCUCCGAUCUGUUCUAAUUUUUUGUCCGCUACGUUCUUACUUUACAUGUCAGAACGUCCUUU